AUCUGUAAUGACUCUUCCUUCUUAAAGUGAAAGAGUUUCUCACUCAGACUCGACUCCAUUUAUUGGAGUGUUCGGAGAAUUAAAAACAAAAAAACAGAAACGGUGAUUAAUGUCAUGUUAUAAAUGACUUUACAUAAGAAGAAUCCGGAGAUAUUGUAAAUAAAACUCGUGUAAAAUCAGCAGUAGGAAAUCUGCGGCGGUGAGGUACAGGUACAACCUUACCUGUAAAACAGGUUUAUAUCGGGAGUGUGAUCUAUUCCAGUAGAAGAGAUCAGACUCUUCAGGACUCAGCUGUGUGUUUGUAGAAACUUUACUAAUAUUCAGAGAUGGAGACUCCUGAUCUGGACACAGAUAAUAUUUCCCCACCAUCAAACAACUGUAAACUCCAGGGAGAGAGAUCAGAAUCACCAGCACCCAGCUGUAUCUCCAUGAAGAGUGAUCAGUCUAUGGAUCCUCCUCAGAGGUUUAAAAAUGGAGACUCCUCACUUCUACACAGUGUUCUGCAGGAGGCAGGAGACAGAACAGAGGUGGUCAUUACAGAUACAGGGAACCACCCAGAAUCUGCUGCUGUAAAUGAAGUCCAGAAAAAGUUCAGAUUAAAUCUGAUGAAGAAGUUUCAGUGUUUGAAUGGAGUGAUGAUAAACCUGGGAACCCAAACACUCCUGAAUGACAUCUACACAGAGCUCUACAUCACAGAGGGAGACAGUGGAGAAGUCAAUAAUGAACAUGAGGUGAGACAGAUGGAGGCAGCGUCCAGGAGAACAACAACAGAGGAAACACCAAUCAAAUGUAAUGACAUCUUUAAGCCUUUAUCUGAACAAGACAAACCCAUCAGAACUGUUCUGACAAAGGGAGUCGCUGGCAUCGGAAAAACAGUCUCUGUGCAGAAGUUCAUUCUGGACUGGGCUGAAGGGAAAGCCAAUCAGGACGUCCACCUCAUAUUUCCACUUCCUUUCAGAGAGCUGAAUUUGAUGAAGGACCAGAAACUGAGUCUGAUGGAGCUCCUUCAUGUCUGUUUUAAGGAAACAAAAGAAACAGAAAUGUCCAGUUUGGAAAAGGUUCUGUUCAUUUUUGACGGAUUGGACGAGUGUCGUUUUCCUCUGGAUUUCCAGAACACAGUGAAAGUGUGUGAUGUAACUGAAUCAGCAUCAGUGCAGGAGCUGCUGAUAAACCUGAUCAAAGGGAAUCUGCUUCCCUCUGCUCUCAUCUGGAUCACCUCCCGACCAGCAGCAGCUGAUCAAAUCCCCUCUGAGUGUGUGCAUCGAGUCACAGAGGUACGAGGGUUCAGUGACCCACAGAAGGAGGAGUACUUCAGGAAGAGAAUCAGUGACCAGAGCCUGGCCAAUAACAUCAUCACACACCUGAAGUCAUUAAGAAGUCUCUACAUCAUGUGCCACAUCCCAGUCUUCUGCUGGAUUUCAGCCACUGUUCUAGAGAGAAUGUUGGGUGAAGCAGAGAGUGGAGAGAUCCCCAAGACUCUGACUCAAAUGUACACACACUUCCUCAUCAUUCAGACAAACAUCAUAAGAGAAAAAUACUCCAAGAAGCUGGAGAGUGAUGAAGAAAUGCUUCUUAAACUGGGACAACUGGCUUUUCAGCAGCUGAAGAAAGGGAACCUGAUCUUCUAUGAGGAAGACCUGAGAGAGUGUGACAUUGAUGUGAGAGAAGCAGCAGUGUACUCAGGUGUGUGUACACAGAUCUUCAGAGAGGAGUUUGGGCUUCACCAGAGUAAAGUGUACUGCUUUGUUCAUCUGACCAUUCAGGAGCAUCUCGCAGCUCUGUAUGUGCACCUGACCUUCAUGAAGGAGAAGAGAAAUGUUCUGAUACAGAAUUGUGUCUCCACACAGAAGACAGAAGAAAUUAUGAUCUUCAAUUUAAACAAGAGUGCUGUAGAUCAGACUUUAGAAAGUCAGACUGCACAUCUGGAUCUUUUCCUUCGCUUUCUUCUGGGUCUCUCACUGGAGUCCAAUCAAAAACUCUUACAUGCUUUAGUAACACAGACAGGAAGUAUCUCCCAGACCAUAGAGGAAACAGUUCAGUACAUUAAGAAGAAGAUCAGUGAAGAUCUUCCUACAGAGAAAUCCAUCAAUCUGUUCCACUGUCUGAAUGAACUGGGUGAUGAUUCUCUAGUGGAGGAAAUCCAACACUACCUGAAAUCUGGAAAACAAAGUGACCUCUCUUCUUCACAGUGGUCUGCUCUGGUGUUUGUGUUACUGACAUCAGCACAGGAGCUGGAAGAAUUUGACCUAAGUAAAUAUUUCAGUACAGAUAAGAUAACAGAAACUGUUGUUCUGAAGAUGAUGCCUGUGAUUGCAGCAUCCAGAAAAGCAAUUAUCAGCUGUGAUUCACUUGGAGUGAAGAGUUGUUCAGCUCUGGACUCAGCACUCAGAUCAGAAACCUCCAAUCUGAGAGAACUGCAUCUGACUGUGAAAACACUGGAUCUGUCUGGGAAUAAUCUAGGAGACUCAGGAGUGAAGAGUCUCUCUGCUGGACUGGAGAAUCCUCACUGUAAAGUGGAGACACUGAGGUUGUGGGAUUGUGAUGUCUCAGAUGAAGGCUGUGCUGCUCUGACUUCAGCUCUGAGAUCAAACCCCUCACACCUGAGAUACCUGGAUCUGUCUGAGAAUAAUCUAGGAGACUCAGGAGUAAAGAGUCUCUCUGCUGUACUGGAGAAUCCUCACUGUAAACUGGAGAAACUGGGGUUUUGGGAUUGUGGUGUCUUAGAUAAGGGCUGUGCUGCUCUGACCUCAGCUCUGAGAUCAAACCCCUCACACCUGAGAUACCUGGAUCUGUCUGAGAAUAAUCUAGGAGACUCAGGAGUGAAGAGUCUCUCUGCUGUACUGGAGAAUCCUCACUGUAAACUGGAGACACUGGAGUUGUGGGAUUGUGGAGUCUCAGAUGAAGGCUGUGCUGCUCUGACUUCAGCUCUGAGAUCAAACCCCUCACACCUGAGAUACCUGAAUCUGUCUGAUAAUAAACUAGGAGACUCAGGAGUGAAGAGUCUCUCUGCUGUACUGGAGAAUCCUCACUGUAAACUGGAGAUAUUGAGGUUGCGUAGUUGUGGAGUCUCAGAUGAAGGCUGUGCUGCUCUGACUUCAGCUCUGAGAUCAAACCCCUCACACCUGAGAGAACUGAAUCUGACCUGGAAUAAUCUAGGAGACUCAGGAGUGAAGAGUCUCUCUGCUGUACUGGAGAAUCCUCACUGUAAACUGGAGAAACUGGUGUUGUGGGGUUGUGGAGUCUCAGAUGAAGGCUGUGCUGCUCUGACUUCAGCUCUGAGAUCAAACCCCUCACACCUGAGAUACCUGAAUCUGUCCAGGAAUAAUCUAGGAGACUUGGGAAAGAAGCUGCUCUCUGAUCUUAAGGAUGAUGAACAUUACAAACUACAGACUCUGAUGCUGUAAUGAAUAUCUGUGUGUGAUGAAGAAUCCAGUGUUCCUGCAUGUUGGGGAAUAGAGAAGAUGUUUAUAAACACAUCAGUCAUUUAGUUAUAACACAUUAAACAGAUUCAGAGAAGUGAGAAGUGUGUGUUCAUCAUGCAGAGUGAAUCAGACUGUACACAAUUCUACACUGAGUGUAUAACAACCUCUGAUCCCUGGAUAAAAUUCCCUGGAUCUCAAUCCCAUAAAAACCUGAAGGAUUAUUUAGAACAGCAUGUGAAAAACCACACAAACUCGAGCUGAACCCAGUCAGUGGAAGAGAGAAAUAAAAUGGACAGGAACAGUUUAAGGACAUUGGUGGAAUUCUCACCUGAUAGAAUUGGAGUUUAUCUGAUGAGUUCAUCUGAGCAGUUCAUCAAAGGCAGUUUGCCAGAGAAAUUACCACCUUUUCUGUUCCUCUCCCAAUGAGGAUCAGGAUUUGCAUCACAGGGAAGUUUAACUGCACAGUGAGGAGAUAUUUGAUUGUGUUAGAAAAUCUGUCGGCCUUUUUAUUGUCAUCCUUUCUAUCUGUCCAAACAGACUGCCAUGUGAAUACAUUUGACAUCCUUUUUGAAUAGUAAUGAUUGCAUUGUGGGUAAACGGCAGCAGAAAGAACAGAUAUUGCUGCUGGUAAGUUGGGCGGUCUGCAAUAAAAUUUAUUAAGAUUCUGUUUUUAUUGAAUUGCAAUAUAUGUAUAUAAUUCAUAACUAUUGUAAAGUAUCCUACUUGUUGUAUAACUGGCGUUUUAUAGAAAUUUAUGCUUAUUUAUAACUUUUAUUUCCUUACAUUGUUUUGUAGCCUGUGCAGUUAAUUAUUGAUGUUUCAUAAUUUGUUCUUUGUCUUAAGAAUUUACAUGCAUAACCACGGAUAACGUGUUGUAGAAUAAAGUUGAAGAUGAAUAACAGGGUUUUUAACUAUGAUGGUGUAGAGGUUACUGCUGUAUUAUUAUUUUUCCUUUAAUAUGAAUUAAAAGGGGUGGCAGCGUGGCUUAGUGGUUAGCAUGUUUGCCUUAUACCUCCAGCGUCCUGGGUUCAAGUCUUGCUCCCUCUCACUGUGUGUGUGGAGUUUGCAUGUUCUCCCCGUGCUUGGACAGUUUCCUCCCACAGUCCAAAGACAUGCUUCUAGGCUGACUGGAGUCUCUAAAGUGAAUGUGUGUGUGCUCAGCAAUGGGUUGGCACACUGUCCAGGGUGUAUCCUGCCUUGAGGCUCCCCGUGACCUGUGGAUAGUUCGGAUAAACGGUACAAUGAAAUGAAUAAAAAGGGUGAAACCUGUUUAUUAUCUGUA